AUGAUCAUCCGCGCCGUUACCUCCUAUGAAGUUGCAGAAGAUACCAGGCUUGUAUCCCGUUUAAAAUACUUUUAUGAUAUUAUUGAUGCCUCGGUAAAGCCCUUGCACUUAUGGGCUUGGGUACCCGGUCUUGCAACUUUCUACAAGCUGCGUGCCUCUAUGCUGUCAAGAGGCGCGUCCACAGUGGGGUGCGAAGAGACGACUCCCUUCAGCAGCUUCUUGAUUCUGGAGAGAUUUAUGAUGGGCCUUCCUAUCGCUGGGGCGCGAUCAACGGGAACGAUUGCCAUUCCCCUUGCAGCAUGGGAAUCGCAAACCCCGCAGCUGGAUCUCUGCAUUCGCGAAACACUCCGACGAGCUCAGCCACAUACGGCGGUACGGCGCAACAUUGGACCUGACCUGUCCAUUGGGGCUUAUACAAUCCCGUCCAAUGCCUUCGUCCUAUAUCCGUUCUCCGAUACGGCAUUGAACCCGACCCUCUAUCCAGACCCAUUGCGUUGGGAUCCCGGCCGCACGGUUGUCGACAAUAAUGCGUUUAUCGGAUGGGGAGGCGGUACACACUUAUGCAAAGGCCAACGGCUGGCCAAUUUGACCUUGAAGAUUAUAGUGGCCUGCACUCUGAUGAGCUAUAAAAUUGAUAUUGUCAGUAAGAAUGGUGAUGUAGUAACUGGCGCUCCAGUUCCAGACUGGAAUGACUACUUGACAUGUCGGCCCCAAGGGGAUUGCACUCUUCGUUUUACAAAGUGCAGGGAGUGAGG